GCAACGAGGUGAUCCGCUUCCUGCAGGACGAACUGCAGCUCAAGGACUCGCGCAUCCGGGAGCUGCGCAACGAGCUGGACAAGCUGCGCACCGUGGUGCAGGGCCAGCUGACGGUGCAGCUGCAGCAAGUGCACCUCAGCCCGCUGCUGCGCUCCAAGAGGCAGGCCAUCUCGGCGGAGCCUUCCAGGGACCACCACCCCGUGGAGAAGGUGGACAAGCCCGACUACUCCCGGGAACUCAUCAAGGCGGCCAUCCUGGACAAUGACUUCAUGAAGAACCUGGAGGCGGCGCAGAUCCGGGAGAUCGUGGACUGCAUGUACCCCGUCGACUACUCGGCCGGCUCGCUCAUCAUCAAGGAGGGCGAUGUGGGCUCCAUCGUGUACGUCAUGGAAGAGGGCCGCGUGGAGGUGUCUCGCGAUGGCAAGUACUUGUCGACGAUGGCCCCGGGCAAGCUGUUCGGCGAGCUGGCUAUUCUUUACAACUGCAAGAGGACGGCCACCAUCAAAGCCGCAAACGACUGCAAGCUGUGGGCCAUUGAACGACAAUGUUUCCAGACCAUUAUGAUGCGUACUGGUCUUACCCGCCAGGCGGAGUAUAUAGACUUCCUCAAAAGUGUUCCUAUCUUCAAGAAUUUACCAGAGGAGACACUUAUCAAGAUUUCAGACUCUUUAGAUGAGACCUACUACAAUGCUGGAGAUUACAUCAUUCGUCAGGGUGCCCGUGGAGAUACAUUUUUCAUCAUCAGCAAAGGCCGCGUGAAAGUGACCAUCAAGCAGCCUACAGGGACAGAUGAUAAAUAUAUUCGCUCUCUCUCAAAGGGUGACUUUUUUGGAGAGAAAGCUCUGCAAGGGGAUGACCUUCGAACAGCAAAUAUAAUUGCUGAUGAUCCUGAUGGUGUGUGUUGUUUGGUGAUCGACCGUGAAACUUUCAACCAGCUCAUCUCAAGCCUUGAUGAAAUAAGAACUCGAUACAGGGAUGAAAAUGUUGAGAGAAGAAGAAUAAAUGAAGAGUUUGAGGUGGUUCGCCUUACCGAUCUUCGAGUGCUGGCUACCCUUGGAGUUGGAGGUUUCGGACGUGUUGAGCUUGUUCAAAUUCAAGGAGAUGCUAAUCGUUCCUUUGCUCUCAAGCAAAUGAAGAAAAGCCAGAUUGUAGAAACAAGGCAGCAACAACACAUCAUGUCAGAAAAAGAAAUCAUGGGUGAAGCUGACUGCCCAUUCAUAGUCAAAUUAUUUAAGACAUUCAAGGACCGUAAAUACCUGUACAUGCUGAUGGAAUCCUGUUUGGGAGGUGAACUGUGGACCAUUCUCCGUGACAAGGGCCACUUUGAUGACUCUACGACCAGGUUUUACACUGCUUGUGUUGUGGAAGCAUUUGAUUAUUUGCACUCAAGAAACAUCAUAUACAGAGAUCUGAAGCCUGAAAACCUUCUACUCGAUGAAACAGGAUAUGUCAAAUUAGUAGACUUUGGAUUUGCUAAGAGGCUUCAGCAUGGCCGCAAGACAUGGACAUUUUGUGGCACACCUGAGUAUGUUGCGCCUGAGGUUAUUCUGAAUCGUGGUCAUGACAUCAGUGCUGACUAUUGGUCCCUUGGUGUUCUUAUGUUUGAGUUGUUGACUGGCACACCACCUUUCACGGGAGCUGAUCCAAUGAAGACAUACAACAUAAUUUUGAAAGGAAUUGAUGCUAUUGAUUUUCCAAGGAAUAUUACCAGGAAUGCCACUGCUUUGAUCAAGAAGCUUUGCAGGGACAACCCUGCAGAACGUCUUGGCUAUCAAAAAGGUGGCAUCAGUGAAAUCCAGAAACACAAGUGGUUUGAUGGCUUCAAUUGGGAAGGCUUACGUAACCAUACACUGAGCCCUCCAAUCACACCUAAUGUCCGCAGCGUGACAGACACCAGUAAUUUCGAUGAGUACCCUGCAGAUGCUGAUCAACCUCCCCCAGAUGAUAUCUCUGGCUGGGAUUCAGAAUUUUGAAUGACAUCAAAGGUAUAUGAUGCAUUUUAGCAGUGGCAUUUUUUGAUCCCUUGCUGGAAUGUAGCAUCUAUGAUUUCAACAAUAAGAGGAGAAUCAUGAAAUGCAGGUAGUUUGGUAUGUGUUCAUUGUGUUUUUACCAGUCUCUGUAAUUCAUUGUGGCAGGUGUUUGCAUUUUAUUCUAUCAAUUCAUCGCUGAAAAUACUAAAUGUAAUAAACAAAUUGUGAAUGACUGAUUUUGUACUGCUAGGCUUGAUGUCACACCAUACUUUGUUACUGCCAAUGCAAUAGAUUUUGUUUAUAACUUUCAUGCAGUACAGUUCCAUCAGAUGCUUUUCUAUGAUGUCAAUUUUUAUUGUUCCUCCUGGAACAAGACCUUUCACUUGUACGGGCAUGCAGUGCAUUCAUUACUUCUGAAAUUCCUUAAGGUUUUUAUUUGCCACAAGAGACCUGAGAAAGAUCCCUUUUUUGCUUCUGAAUGUUUGCCCAAUUGCUUUGGUACUUAUACAGCCAUGUAAGUUUUCUUUUUUUGUUGUUUUUUUUUAAAUUAAUUUGAGAGAGAAGUGAUUUUGUUGCUUUCUGGCAUUUUUCAAAUUCUAAUAAUUGUUAGUUCUAUCAGAAUGUGUUUAGUACUGUUUGUGAUCCUGAAAUUGUUGUUGUGAUGUUUGUAUCCAUUAUCAGAUUGUCUGUGUGCAGCAAUUUUUUUUUCCCGAUAAUUUUUAUUUGUUAUACAUGUGCUUUUUUGGUGCGGUCUUUUAAUGUUGAGAAAAUUUUAAAGUUUGCUUUCCAGGCACCUCUUGUUAUCCUUUGAGAUUUUGCAUCAAAAAUCCUUUAGCUGUUGGAAAGGCUGAAGCAGAUUAUCAAUGAAUUUAUUAUUAAGAUUUAUAGGAACAAAAGACCCACUUAAUUUUUCUUAAUCUAGUCUGUGAGAUCCUAAUCAAUAUGCCGUUGUAGAAUUCUAUUUGAUAUUUUUUAUUAUUUAAAUAACUCUUGUCAAAUGUGUAGGUAGCCCAGUUUUGACUUGAGCUUAUGUGUGUGUUAAAAAUAAAGUGAGAUCUUGGCCUCAUCUCCAUGCAUUGUAAUAUAUGUCAUGUACCAUCAUCUAAAAAAAAUAUUUGUGGGCUCUUUAUGCAAGAAAACACUGGUAGUUCUUCUUUGCAAAGGUUUGAUCAUGAUCAACAAUUGGCUCAUAUCAUAGAUUGUGUUGGUUGUACUAUUCCAUAGCACAACUACAACCAAUAGAAACUCACAACUUAAAAUUUUGUCUUUACAUUUUCUGUUUAAUUUAAAUUGUGCUCCUUAUGUAUUGCCCUCAUGUUCAACAUGAAAGUAAAGUAAAUUGUAAUCAAAUCAAAUGUUAAAGAAUUGUUGCAUAUUGUGUAUAUUAAGUUGCUCUUGCACUGUGAUGCUUCUCUUAAGUUAUCAAUCUCAUUGUUGAGUGCAUAAACAUUGUUGUGCUAGAUAUUAUGCUGCAGUGCCAUCUUCAGUAGUACACCUUCCUUAAACGUGAUACUACUCACCUCAGGAGGUGAGGGCUUGAGAAUUAUGUGCAACCUAGAGUCUUUUAACUUGUAAGUACAAUUGUAUGGAGUGCAAGGAUUUUUACUUAUAGCAUUGUUUAUCGUUUUAAAUUAAAUUUGUAAUUGCGAUAUUCUUGCCAUAUGAGAGAGCUUCUGAUUAGUUGUAUAUUACCUAAUGUCAAGUCAGAAUAUUUUUUUUAAAAGAGUUUGUUACUAUUUUGUACGUGUCUGUACAGUUUUAUUUUAUGUAAAAUACCUUCCGUUUUAUGCUAUUGUAGGUAAUUGUUGAGGUGUUGUUGCUAGGAUGUCAUAAAAACAGGUGCGUUGCCUGAUAGAGUGAUAGAUAAUGUAAUAGUGGAUUGUGGUCAAUGAAUGUGUAAAUGUUUCUUAUUACUGAAGCCUCUUAAAAUUUAAAAGCUGGCAAGAUUGAGGAAGCCAGUGCUGGACCACUUGAGCUGCCUUUAAAAAGUUUUGUGUUACUGGUUUCUGUUCUGAAGUUAGAAACACUGGUUAAAAGCUGUACUGUGUUAUUGACUUCUUUGUUAACUGAUGCACUCUGUUCUAUGGUAAUAAACCUGAAGUCCUAAAACUUGA